UGUCACCAAAAUUAAGCAAGAAAAAUUGAGACCCGCCUUCAAGAUUCCGUAUCCUUAUUCCCCUCACACACUCCCAACAUGACGAGGAAGCAACUCUGAAUACGAGAAGUCGUAGGAACAAACACGCAACACUUAACAACAACAACAGAACAAAUCCAGAUUCACACAUUCAUUCAUUUCAUCAAUUAUCUCCAAAAUCCAAAAUUCACGCUCUCUGGUCGACACUAUGUGCGGCAGCAUACACUUUUUCUUCUUCUGACUAUUCACUCCUUCCUUCAUUCCACUCACCCUGCACCACCCCUUUCAUCUUUGGUUUGGUAAGAUCAACAAAAAAGAAGAAAAAAUCCCACCCUUUGCUUCUGUUCCUGAGAAAAUCACUGUUUUGUUAAUACCCCAUGUGCUAUAUUCUUGUUAUUCCCAACAUCACAUGUUCAAAAGUUGAUUUUGCACCCUUGUUAGAUCUCGGGGUGAUUUUCACACCUUUGUAUUACUGGGUGACUUCAUUUGUAUUCAAAUUGGAUCUUACAUAAAACCAAUAGGGUGGUUGCCAUAGAAGAACUUUUUUGUUUUUUAUUUUAUUUUUUGUGGUUUUAAUUUGUUAGCAAGAUGCAAUCAAGGGGUUUGACCCUUGAAGAGGGAAAGGAGAGAAUCAACCAAUCUAAACCUUUGAGACCAGUGCGGCUACUUGUGUUGUUUUUUGCUCUCUGUGUUGUGUUCUCAUUGAUUAGCAUAUACACUGUCAAGCAUUUUGAAAUUGAGAGUGUGGUGACCACAGUGAGUUCUAGUUUUCAGCCAUGUUAUUAUGAGGAACCUGGUGGUUUGGAUAAGUGGAUUAGGCCACCUUCGAGCUCGAUCCACAAUAUGAGUGACAAAGAGCUUCUGUGGAGGGCUUCCUUUGUUCCAAGGAUCAAGGGUUACCCUUAUCCUAGAGUUCCCAAGAUCGCAUUCAUGUUCCUGACCAAGGGACCAUUGCCUCUAGCACCCCUUUGGGAGAGGUUUCUCAAGGGGCAUGAGAAGUUUUAUUCCGUAUAUAUUCAUUCACUGCCCUCAUACCAACCUCAGUUUCCUUCUUCAUCUGUCUUUUACAACAGGCAAAUCCCUAGCCAGGUUUCUGAGUGGGGAAGGAUGAACAUGUGCGAUGCUGAAAGAAGACUCCUUGCUAAUGCAUUGCUUGAUAUCUCCAACGAGUGGUUCAUUCUGCUGUCUGAAUCAUGCAUCCCCCUCUACAAGUUCAGUUUUGUCUACCACUACAUAAUGAAAUCCAAACACAGCUUUGUGGGUGCAUUUGAUGAUCCUGGUCCAUACGGAAGAGGGCGCUACAACGAGCACAUGGCCCCUCUGGUGAAUGUCACCAAGUGGCGCAAGGGCUCUCAAUGGUUCGAAGUAAACCGGAAGCUCGCCAUCACCAUAGUUGAAGACACUACAUUUCAUCCAAUAUUUGAACAGUAUUGUAGGCCGGCUUGUUACGUGGACGAGCACUAUUUCCCCACCAUGCUCACCAUUCAAGCAGCCAAUGUGUUGGCAAACAGGAGCAUAACUUGGGUGGACUGGUCUAGGGGUGGAGCUCACCCUGCUACAUUUGGAAGAAAUGAUAUCACUGAGGAGUUUUUCAAUAGAGUACGUGGAGGUCACAUUUGCCUAUACAACAAUAGAAAUUCUUCAGUUUGUGUUCUUUUUGCCAGAAAAUUUGCUCCUAGUGCUUUGGAACCUUUGUUACAUAUGGUGGAUUCAAAGGUUUUGGACUAUUGACUAAUAUUUUAUUCUCACUUUCUUUUCAUUGCAACUGCGGGAAAAUAUAGAUGUAGAAUAAAGUCCUUAGAUACUAGUAAUAUUCAUUAUAUGGCAUGAGAUGAUAUGAUAAUUGCCUGAUUGGAGAGUGCUAGGUGGUAGAGUGACUCCAUUUCAUAUACACCGUUGAGUCAUUUUUAAAUGUACAAAGGAGACGUAUUUGAUCAUACUUUUGUUUAAUAUUAAUUGCUUGGUCUUUUCUUUUA